CUUCGCACUGACCUCUCUGCAGAACUUCAAGACUUGCCCCGAGAAGUCUUUGCUGUUGAUCCAACCAGUGUAUGUCAAACUUCAAACACAGAGGUUCUCUACAGGUGCAGGAAGUGCAGGCGCGCUCUAUUCCGUAGUUCCAGCAUUUUGUCCCACACGGAAGGAAGUGGACCGACAGCCUUUGCCCACAAGAGGGUAACGAACUCUGCUCAGCUUUGUGGUGAUGGCCGUGAAACGUGUACCUCAUACUUCACCGAGCCCGUGCAGUGGAUGGAGCCAGCAUUGCUCGGAGUAAUGGAAGGACAGCUCCUGUGUCCCAAGUGCACGUCAAAGCUGGGUUCCUUCAGCUGGCGGGGUGAGCAGUGUUCCUGUGGCCGCUGGGUGACGCCGGCCUUCCAGAUUCACAAAAGUCGAGUGGAUGAAGUGAGGACGCUGCCAGCUGGUAACUUCCAAGCUGCCAAAACCUGA